AUGCCUUCCGUAAACCAACUAGGCCACAAUUUGGCUAAACUUCUAGGCAUAAAGCUCGAGGAUCCUGAAGGCGAAACCGUAACCAGCGGAGAGUCGAUCCUUUCGGCCAACACCGCCGAUGGCUUCAUCGAGCGGCAACCUACAAGUAGAGAAUGGCUGGCCGAUAUCGCACCGUCGAGGCGCGAUCUAGCCGCCUACCUCCGUUCUCUGUUCCCAUUUCUGUCCUGGAUCUGGUUCUACAACCUGCAAUGGUUCAUUGGCGAUCUCGUCGCGGGUGUCACCAUCGGUGCCGUCGUGGUGCCGCAAGGCAUGGCCUACGCAAAGUUGGCUAGCCUCCCAGUAGAAUUUGGGCUAUAUUCGUCAUUCAUGGGAGUUCUCAUCUACUGGUUUUUCGCGACCUCGAAGGAUAUCACCAUCGGACCUGUUGCCGUCGUAUCCACCGUUACUGGGAAUGUCGUCGCCAAUGCCGUCGAGAGGCUUCCGCAAUAUACCGACACUCCGUGGGUCAUCGCGAGCGCGCUCGCUCUCGUGUCUGGCGCCGUCGUGCUUUUCAUCGGGCUCAUCCGGUGCGGUUGGAUCGUCGAACUGAUACCGCUGGUGUCUCUCGCUGCCUUCAUGACGGGAUCGGCCAUUAAUAUUGCCGCUGGCCAAGUCCCCACGAUGAUGGGCAUCACCGGCUUCUCCACUAGAGAUUCGACGUACCUCGUCAUCAUCAAUACCCUGAAAAACCUAGACAAGUCGGACUUAAACGCGGCUAUGGGCCUGACCGCGCUCGUGAUGCUCUAUCUUAUCCGGUUUUCGUGCUCGGGGGCGGCGAAGAAGUUUCCCAACCAUCACAAGUUAUUCUUCUUCCUAUCCACGUUGAGGGCCGUCUUUGUUAUCCUGCUGUACACCAUGAUCAGUUGGCUGGUCAAUAUGAACCGCCGCAAAAACCCGGCUUUUGCAAUUCUGAAAGAUGUUCCCGGAGGUUUUCGGCACGCUGCCGUUCCCACCCUCAAUUCUGACAUCAUUGAGUCAUUUAUUAGUGAGCUACCUGCGACAGUUAUUGUUUUGCUCAUAGAACAUAUUGCCAUUUCGAAAUCUUUUGGUCGUGUUAACAAUUACACGAUCAACCCCUCACAGGAGAUGGUUGCCAUCGGCGUAACCAACGUCCUGGCCCCCUUUCUUGGCGGCUUUCCGUCGACUGGCUCGUUUAGUCGUACUGCGAUCAAGUCGAAAGCUGGUGUCCGGACCCCCUUUGCCGGUGUAAUCACCGCGAUCGUGGUGCUGCUGGCCAUCUAUGCGUUGACCGCCGUCUUCUAUUAUAUCCCUUCCGCAUCCCUUGCCGCGGUGAUUAUCCAUGCCGUCGGAGACCUGAUCACGCCCCCAAAUACGCUCUACAAAUUCUGGAGGGUAUCGCCUAUCGAGGUCUUUAUCUUCUUCGUCGGCGUGAUCACCACCGUCUUCUCCACCAUCGAAAACGGCAUCUACGCCACCGUCUGUAUCUCCUUCGCCGUGUUCAUAUUUCGAGUCCUAAGAUCACGCGGCAGAUUCCUUGGCAGGGUCCAGGUGCACUCGGUGCUUGUCGACCGGCUCAUCGGCAGCGACAACAGCGUGGUAGGCAAAUACGGCACCUUCAAUGUGGCCGAUUCUAGCCUGUCGCCGCCCACGCGCAACAUUUUUCUCCCUAUCGAUCACGGGGACGGUUCAAACCCCGCGAUUAAGGUUGCCAGUCCCUCCCCCGGCGUCUUUAUCUACCGCUUUUCUGAGGUAUUCAAUUAUCCUAGCGCCAGCAGUACCCUGGAUUAUCUGACAAGGCACAUACUUGGCCAUACGCGGCGCACCGAAUCAGAUGUCUACUUACGCCCUGGCGACCGGCCGUGGAACGAUCCGGGUAAUAUGGGGAAGCUUGGAGAAGACAGCCUGCUGCCGACGUUGAAAGCCGUCAUCCUAGAUUUCAGCUCGGUCAACAACGUCGAUGUUACUUCGGUGCAGCAGCUGAUCGACGUUCGCAACCAGCUAGACCGGUACACAGCGCCGGAUGUCGUGGACUGGCACUUCGCAUGCAUCAGCAAUCGGUGGACGAAGCGGGCGCUCGUAUCCGCCGGGUUCGGCUACCCGACGCCGCGGCCGGAUGGCUUGCACUCGCGGUGGAAGUCUAUCUUCAGCGUCGCCGAGAUUGGCGGCUCAGACUCGGCCGCGGCCGCGGCCGAGUACGACGCCAACGAGAAGGAGAUCCGCACACACUCCCUACCUACCACUGUGCCGAGCUCGACCAGCCUAUUCCACGCCUCUCUGGGCACGAGCGCAGCCUCAAGCAUCACCAAAGCUGUCCCGAAGUACAAGGGGAUUGAGGUAGGCAACAGAGGGGAGUCUAGGCGGGUAACCGUGCACGGGCUCAACCGCCCGCUCUUCCACGUCGACCUCACGAGCGCGCUGCAGAGCGCCAUCGCGAACGUGCAGGCCCGGGACGACAUCGAGGCCUCCGGUGGGCCCCACGUCAGCAUGACGGUAUGA